AUGUCCGGAACCCGCGUCGCUUGGAUCGGCCUCGGCAACAUUGGCCGGGGAAUGAGCACCAACAUCGCCCAAAAAGGGCCCCAGUCCAGCCUCAUCCUGUACAAUCGCACCGCAGCCCGUGCAACCAAACACGCCGAGUCUCUCAACGGCCGCGCGACGGUCGCAUCUUCCCUCCCAGAAGCCGUGCAGAACGCCGACGUGAUCUUCACCUGCGUUGGCGACGACCCAGCCAUCGACUCAAUCACCAACGCCAUCCUGGCCGACCAAUCCGCCGAUCUCACGAGCAAGACCUUCGUCGAUUGCUCAACAGUGCACCCCAAUACCUCCCGUCGCACAGAAGCUGCCUACACAGCUCGCGGCGCGUCCUUCGUUGCAUGCCCGGUCUUUGGCGCGCCGAACAUGGCCGAUGCCGGACAUCUAAUCGUCGUGCCAGCGGGUAAGCAAGCUGCCAUCGCGAAGGCGAAGCCUUUCUUCGAGGGGGUAACUGCAAAGGCGACCAUCGAUCUAUCCGACGGGACGGGCGCCGACAUCGACGUCGGCAAGGCGUCCACGCUGAAGGUCCUCGGCAACACCUUCAUUCUCAACACCGUCGGCGUGCUGGCCGAGUCUAUCGUCGCGGCUGAGUCGACAGGUCUAGGCGUUGGUCCGCUGAAACAGUGGCUGGAUCUGUUUGCUCCGGGUCCGUUUGCCAAGUAUGCGGACCGCAUGAUCACCGGCGACUAUUAUCAACGGGAUGAGCCUUUGUUCGCGGUGGAUCUUGCUCGCAAGGAUCUGCGCCAUGCAUCGAACCUGGCCAAGGAAGGUGGCCAGCGCAUGCGCAAUGUCGAGGUGACGGAUGCUUUCCUGCAGGAUGUCAAGGCGGAGAAGGGCGAGAAGGGCGACAUCGCUGGUGUUUAUGGUGCGGCGAGAAAGGCUGCCGGUAUGAAGUAUGAGAACCAGGAUAAGUAA